GGGGCACUUCAUCCCAAACCAGUUCAGCUUCCAAAAAGGCAAAGCAGAGCCCGCAAGCGGAGAGGCUACAGAAGGGUAUGGGUCACCUCCGCGGCCUCACCGCCGCGCGGCUCCUCGCGGCGGCCUUCCUGCUCUCCGUUGCCGUCCCGGCCGCCAGAGCCCAGGAAGAAACCGAGCACGAGGAGGAGUUCAGCUACGUCGUCGGCGACGAGAACGGGCCGGAGCACUGGGGCAGCAUCAAGGCGGAGUGGGGCAACUGCAGCGCCGGGCGGAUGCAGUCCCCCAUCGACCUCUCCCACGAGCGCGUCUCGCUGGUGCGGUCCCUCGGCUACCUCACCCACUCCUACCGCCCCGCCGAGGCCGCCAUCGCCAACCGCGGCCACGACAUCAUGGUGAGGUUCAAGGGCGACGCCGGCUUCCUGGUGAUCAACGGCACGGCGUACUACCUGAAGCAGAUGCACUGGCACUCGCCCACCGAGCACACCGUCGACGGCCGCAGGUACGACAUGGAGCUGCACCUGGUGCACGAGAGCUCGGCGAACAAGGCGGCGGUGAUCGGCAUGCUCUACGAGAUCGGCGCCGAGGACCCGUUCCUGCAAGCGCUGGAGCCGUCCAUCCACCGGAUCGCCGACAGGCAGGACCGGGAGGAGGCCAUCGGCGUGGUGGACCCCCGGCGCGCGCGCGGCAGGGCCAGCGUCUACUACCGCUACGUGGGCUCCCUCACCACGCCGCCCUGCACCGAGGGGGUCAUCUGGACCGUCGUCAAGAGGGUUAGUGGCCGUGGCCCCGCUGCGCAAUUUUCUUCCCCGAAUUCCAACCAAACGGCAUCAUUCGAUCGAUCGUCCGCACCGUGUCCAGGCACCAGCUGGAGCUGCUCAGGGAAGCCGUGCACGACGGCAUGGAGAAGAACGCGAGGCCGGUUCAGGACGUCAACGACAGGGACAUCAGCAUCUUCCGCCCAAAGCCACACAAGCACUACUAGUACUAGCUAUGGUAUAGGUUGCACAGUCCAGCAGCGCGCGUAGUUGGUAUCGAUCAGUAGUGAUGCACGAGCUAGCUGACGCGGUUCAGUGUUGGGGAGAGGUGUCUGCUGUAUAUGGUUACGGUUUUGUUUUAUAAUUCUUUCCAUCUAUGUUAUAGGACGAAAUAAACAGACGAGGAUCACCUUCAGGUCCACUCUUCAGAAGAAGAACAAAAAAAAAAGGAAAAGAGAACAUGUCGAUGCGCAUGUGGCUCGAUCGAUUUGAUUAUUGUUGUUGAGUAGUUGGCACUCAAACAUGACCUAUCUAACUGGCACGGUCUUUUGUUAAAAAAAAUACUAUGAUUUGAUUGUCGUUUA